AAACAUUUACCAAACACCCAUAAUGUACAACUUUCAAUGCACAAAAUACAACAUAAGCUGAGAAUCGCUCUAAAUCACCAGAGUCUAGGGUUUUGAGUUCGAAUUAGCUGUCACAAAUAAUUUGACGAUUUCUCGUUAUCUUAAUCGAUUCAAUCGAGUUUUGUGCUAAAUCAACAAUGUCUGUGAACCCUAAGAUCGAUUCACCAGAUGCUUUAAAACACAAAUUAUUCAGCCCUAAAGAUGCGAUGAAAAAGAACGCUGCAUCAAUCAGCAGAAAAGAAGACCCCUUUGAUUUUGUUCGAGUUUUGUUGGAUGGUGCUAUUGCUGGAGCUGCUGCAGGGGUUGUAGUGGAAUCUGCUUUAUAUCCACUUGACACAAUUAAAACUCGACUUCAAGCAGUUCGUGGUGGAGGACAAAUUAUUUUGAAGGGUUUAUACUCGGGUUUGCUUGGAAAUCUUGCAGGCGUUUUACCUGCAUCAGCCAUAUUUAUCGGUGUAUACGAACCUACCAAGCAAAAAUUACUAAAGAGUUGUCCUGAAAAUCUUAGCGCCUUGGCUCACUUGACUGCAGGUGCUGCUGGAGGAGCUGCUUCUUCUAUUAUACGUGUACCAACAGAGGUUGUUAAGCAAAGGAUGCAGACGGGCCAUUUUGCUUCAGCCCCUGAUGCUGUUCGCCUUAUUGUUGCUAAAGAGGGAUUUAAAGGGCUUUUCGCUGGGUAUAGUUCUUUUCUAUUGAGAGACUUGCCUUUUGACGCCAUCCAGUUUUGCAUAUAUGAGCAGCUUCGAAUUGGGUAUAAACUAGCGGCGAAAAGGGAUCUUAGUGACCCCGAGAAUGCUGCGAUUGGUGCUUUUGCAGGUGCAAUCACUGGAGCCGUUACUACACCGUUAGAUGUAAUAAAAACUAGAUUGAUGGUUCAGGGAUCUGCCAACCAAUACAGAAGUAUCUCCCACUGUGUAGGCACUAUUUUAAAGGAAGAAGGACCUUCUGCAUUUCUAAAGGGGAUCGGGCCACGGGUCAUGUGGAUAGGUAUCGGAGGCUCUAUUUUCUUCGGUGUUCUCGAAAGAACGAAACAGAUACUUGCGAAAACCCGUUCCGACCCGACAAGUUGAAUUCUAAAAAGGUUUCUUGACUUCUUUUUAAACAUCUAAUUUGUUUGUAUUAUUAACAAGAAAAGAAAUGUGUAAUUCUUUGAUAAGGGUCAAAACGGGCCAGCCCAACCAGACCAGGCUUGUGGCUACUUCUUUUCAGUUCAGUUUUCUAGACUUUUUUUUAUGAAUAUUUAAUGCGUUAAUCAAUUUCUUCCACAGUUUAUUAAA